CCACCACCACCACCACUACUGUCAGCACCCGACUGCACAACCGUUGCCUACCAUCCUUCCUCGUCUGCGGCCAGCCUGCCACAACCACAGCCAGCCAUACCUGCCUUGCGCACCUGCAAUAUACAAAGUACCUCGCCUUCCUACCAUACCAUCCUUUCCUUCGCUCGCCUCGCUACGCUACGCCUACUUUUCGUACCAUCCGCACGUCCGCCGUCGUUUCCCUCUCCUCCCUUUGACAUCUCACGAACCCUCGUCCCUGGUUUCGUCGCCGCCUCGCCCUUCCAGCACCGGCUUACGCCGUCCGACACGCACGUCGAUUGCGACCGCCUCAGCACCGACCACCAUGUCUGGUGACGUCUCUGACUAACCCAGCUGUUCUGAGCGUCCGAUGCUUCCCCUCCUACCGGGGAUCUGACCGGCACCACCAACACACACACACUCUCUCUCUCUCUCACGCACACACACACACAUCGACGACCGUCCAACACCGGCGUCCGGUCACCGGCCGAGACGCACCUCUUAUCCCCUCUUCGUCGGCGACGACGUCCACACCUUCGCCUCCCGAUCGCCAUGCUUGACUGCUAAGCCAUGACGACGCUGCUCAACAAGACGGAUUCCGGCCCUCCGCUGCGCCAGAUUCGCUUCGUCCACAACCAGGGCCAGCCGCCUUCGAAGCGCCGCCGCAUCAACGCAGCAUGCUUGACCUGCCGCCGACGAAAGACGCGAUGUGCCGGUGAGCGGCCCAUAUGCUCGACCUGUACCAAGAACGGCCACCAGUGCCUUGGGUAUCCCGAAGAUGCAAGAAAGGAUGGCACAGAUACGGGCGAGUCGAAGCAGGCGGGCGACGAGGACUUCAACGACGACCAUCAAAGCGACGAUGAGGAUAGAAAGCCCGCGAGGCCUGACGCUCCCACAGCCAGCUCUGCGCCCGAUGCGGCUCCAGCGAUAUCACCAACGCGCGCCGUGGCUGUUGCACCUCGAUCUGCGCCUGCAUAUCCCGGUGCUGUUGUCGAGCCCGAGCACGAUGUCGACGUCAAGCCUGUAGUCUCGCCAGCUUCGCAGCAUCAGUCCCAUCCCUCGGCCGCCACAGACGAAAUGCCCAGCUCGCCAACCCUGCGCCGCAAUCACAGUCAUCGCAUUCCAUACUUUCGGUAUUUUGGCCCGACGGCGAUUGUGCCCGGCUUCAAGCAGAUGGUCGUCUCUGUCCGUGACCGGCGACGAUCGACAGGUGGGUCCCAGUCGGGUACUUCGCCCAUGUCCACACCGAGCGGCGUCCGGGGAAGUAGCUGCGCUGCCGGGAGUGAUAUCGCCGUUGAGGACCUGCCCGCAUACGAUCCCAACAGUCCGGGACCCGUGCACCCUCUCAUCAUCAACCUCGUCAAGACCUUCUUCGUUCAUCUCGGCUGCAACUAUCCCUUCCUCAAGCAGCCCAAGUUUUUGCGUCUCGUCAUGGAAAAGCGUGUCGAGCCCAUUCUCGUCGACGCCAUCUGCGCGCUCGCCGCGAGAUUCUCCGAUGCGCCGGCGCUGACGGGCGGAAACGACAAGAUGCCACGGACGGAGCGCGGCCAGGUAUUUGCGACGCGAGCAAAGCACGCCACUGUGGACACGUUUCCCUGCCCGUCCGUGGGCGCCGUACAAGCCUGUCUGCUCAUGGCCUACGAAGGCUUUGGUGCCAACCAAGACAGUGCCUUGUGGAUGUAUCUCGGGCUUGCCAUCCGCAUGGCUAUCGACCUCGGGCUUCAGAAGCGUGUAGGUAUACAAUACCAGGGUGAAAAGGAUCCUUGGUACACGAGGCAUCGGAGUCGCGUCAAUGGGGAGUCGGAGAGCCCCGAAGAAAAGAGGCAUGACGAGGUCGAUGCUCUGACUGUCGAGGAGCAAAGGGAGGUUGAGCAAGAGCGCAUCGACACAUUCUGGGCCGUUUUCAUUCUCGAUCGCGUCAUAUCCUCGGGCACGGGACGGACAGUCACCUUUCGUGAGGAUGACUUCGAGCUCCCGUUCCCAAAGCCAGCCAUCGACCCCGCCACCGGCUGGCCAUCUCUGUUUCCCGUGCUUCUCGAGAUCAUCCACCUCUAUGGCCGUGUGUCUGACGUGCUCAACAAUAUCCACAACGUCAACGACCUGGACCAGGACAAGUGGUCGAAGCUGUCCAGCAUGGAGCAUCAGCUAACCCGUCUGUACAAGAGCUGGGAUGCAAGACUGCAGUUCAACGUCAGCAACUUCAAGGCAUACCUCAACGUCGGACAGGGCACGACGUUUCUUUUGCUUCACUUUUGGUUCCAUGCGCUCUUCAUCAUCUUGCAUCAGCCAACGCUCUUGACUCCGUUUGGCGACCUUCGUGGCGAACUCCAGCUUCUUUCCGACAGCCGAGAACUGAGUAUGAGCAGCGCAAAGACAAUUUGCGACAUCUUGGCAUUUGCCGACCUCAUAGACCCCAAGAGCUUCAUCGGCAACCCCUUCACCAGCCAGCCCAUAUACAUUGCAGCUUGUGCUUUUUUGAUGGAGUCGAGCGCGAACGCUUCGGAAGGCCCUUCUAGAGAAACGUCGCCCCCAACGUGCAACGCCUCGAGUCGGCCAAGGGAGCGCGUGAAAACUGCCAACUCCAAGCCCUCGAGGCAUUCGCUGCUUGCCUCGGCGGCGAACCAGAAUUAUCAGAGAUGCUACAAUUCCCUGCAGCAGCUGCAUACCCACUGGGGCGGUGUCAAGUACAUCUUGACGGCUCUGGACCAGAAGUCAAAGGGUAUCUGGGACUGCGAGACGUACACAUCAGAAGAGUACGAGAGCACCAAGGUGCCGCCUACCAGGGGAAGCAUCACCGGCGAUCUCAGCGCAGCCUCGCCGAAGAUGGGUGGCGCCCCCCCGAUCGCGUGGAGUCUGGCAGGAACGGCCAACUCGCCCAACUCGAACCUGACGCUGUUGUACCAGAACCUGAGCGGCGUCAUGACACCAUCAUCGGUUCCGCAGAGCAUGCCGCAGCAGGUAGGAACACCGCCGGGCAACAUGGUGUACGACCCCAUCCGGCAGAGCCUGCCGGCCGAAUCAGGAGGCAUGUAUCCGCCCGCGGUGCCCCAGGCCACCACCUCGGCAAUCAGACACUCGCCGCAAACAGGAAACAGCAAACCCCGACGACCGUCCAACCUUUCUGGCGUGUCCAUCCCGGGACAGGCGGCGACGGCGGGCAGAUACGACGGGCUCCCGGAAGAGAACGACGGAGCCAAGGUGUUUGUGCCUCCUGGCUACACUCCCUCCAGCCAGCAUUCUGGAGGGUUCGAGACAUUCAGCGCCUCUCCUGCCAGUAACUUGGCAGACGCCGCAAAUCGGGGCAUGGUCCAUGCGGCUACGCCGCAUAAUGUAUACUACAACCACCACAUUCCCUACCAGACGGGAUGGGGCUACGGGAUGGGCAACAUGGACUCCAUCACCUUCGAUAGUCAGGACAUCGACAUCGGGGCGUUGGGGCUGCAGCAGCCAGAGCUGAUGAGCGGUUGGCUCGACUACAUCCCGAGCGACGUGCUGGGCCUGUUUGAGAACCAGAACAUGGGCCACGGGAGCCAAGAUGGCGCCGGAGGACACUAAUGAUGUAUACGGGCCGGAGCUGGCUAGGAGAAUAUGCUCGUUUCAAACGGUGAUGGCUACUUUCUUUUGGCAUGGCGUUGUUUUUGACUUGGACGUUUCUUCGCGCUACGUUCAGCCAUGGGAGCGGGAUAUCUUCAUUAGGCCAUUUCUUUACGACGGAUUGCGGGACAAGGGGCGCAGCAAAAAGCGAACAUCUUCCGACAUGACCAUGACUUUGUUGGGGUAAGGGUUUCAGCUGUUUUAUACACAUACAUGUGGCUUUGGAAACGAGGCGUGUCAAUUUUGCUUGGAGCGGACCUGAUGAGGCUUUUCCCAGGGCAUGGGUGGGAGUUGGGAUUUCAGAGCACGAGCAUCCACGGUGGUUGGAAAUAUGCAUGUACUAGGCACUCGCUCUGACUGGAAAGUUGAACUGCAGGCUAUGUUAUUUUUCUUUGUUGUUUUCUUUUUCUUCGUGUGGGAACGGAGGAAGGGACCGGACACGGCAGUAUGACCAAAGAUGAUGCACAGUCUAGCGGUUCUCGGUUCUUGGCUGUUGUCGUUGUCGUUGUCGUAAUCACAUAAUCAGUACGUGGCACAUGUACAUGGCAAUGCAAUGCAAAUGCAGGCUUUUGUGCGGGCGGGAGGACGCAAGAGGGCCACAAGAAGGUCCUUGUCACUGAGUUGCUG